AUUUUCCUCAUGAAGAGUCUCUUCUUUGGGAGUGACUUUAGGUGACACACUUCAUCAAAGGAACAUUAAGCUAAGGGACAAACCAAGCCCUAUACAGUGAAGUCAUCAUGUCCUCUCGUCUAAUCACAAUAAUUUCAUCCAGCGUGGAACCUAUGAUCAACUACAACGGGGGACGGACCCAUGGCACUCCCGCUUCCCUGCGUCCCAAACAUCUCCUGGAGGAGGACAGGGAGUCGGGCCUUGGGUCCACUCUGGACCUCAUCAGCAGCUUGGAGGGGUACAGCCAGGAGGAUGAACCAACCUCACCCACCUCCUCCCCCAAACAAAGGGAAGGGAACAGUCCCCCCAAAGAGCAAGCAGCCACCGCAGAACCUGACAUGGAGCUCAGUCCCAACAGAGUCAGAGAAUUCUUCAUCAACUGCUCCAAGAUCCCUCUACUCCUCCUCCUCCUCUUCUUCUUCGUCUGUUCAUUAGACACACUAAGUUCAGCGUUCCAGCUGGCUGGGGGUAAGGUAGCGGGGGACAUCUUCAAAGACAAUGCGGUGCUGUCUAACCCAGUAGCAGGGCUGGUGGUGGGGAUACUGGUCACUGUAUUGGUCCAGAGCUCCUCCACAUCCACCUCCAUCAUCGUCAGCCUCGUCUCCUCAGGAUGUGAGUACUUGGAGAGAGAGAUUCUGUGUUUGUGUGUGUGUUCGUGCAGGCGUGUGUGUGUGUUCAUUAAACUCAUCAUACAGUUGGAUAGGCAGGUGAUCACCGGCAUCGCCAUGGGAGAUGAGAGGAUGAGGAACAGGAGCCUAGUGAAGAAGUGGUGCCACACCGGGCUAGUUACGUCCUCUCUUCAGUCCUCUAUGAAUAUCAGCAUCACUGGUUCUGACAACUGUAGCUCCGCCCAUCUCUGCUUGCAGGAAGGUGACAUCACCUGGACCACUCAGAAUCUCUCCUCCGAGUUUAACAUCCAGAAAUGUAGGCAUCUGUUUGCUGAUGCCGAUCUGUCAGACCUGACGGUGGGGCUGAUCCUCCUGGCCGGCUCCCUGGCCCUGCUCUGCACCUGCCUGGUGCUCCUGGUCAAGCUGCUCAACUCCCUCCUCCAAGGUCAAGUGGCAAAGGUCAUCCAAAAGGUCAUCAACACAGACUUGCCGUAUCCGUUUGGCUGGCUGGCGGGCUACCUGGCCAUGUUUGUGGGAGCAGGGAUGACCUUUGUAGUGCAGAGCAGCUCUGUGUUCACCUCUGCCCUGACACCACUUAUAGGUAUUGGUGUGAUCAGUCUGGAGAGGGCCUAUCCACUGACUCUGGGCUCCAACAUCGGCACCACAACCACAGCCCUGCUGGCAGCCCUGGCCAGCCCUGGGGACAAACUGGCUGCUGCCAUACAGAUUGCUCUGUGUCACUUCUUCUUCAACAUCCUGGGAAUCCUGCUGUGGUACCCCAUCCCUGUGACACGUGUCCCCAUACGCAUGGCUCGUGCCCUGGGUGAACGCACCGCCAAGUACCGCUGGUUCGCUGUCCUCUACCUCCUCUUCUGCUUCCUGCUCCUCCCGUCCCUGGUCCUAGGCCUCUCAUUGGCUGGCUGGAGAGUGAUGGUGGGAGUGGGCGCACCAUUUGUGUGUGUGACUGUUUUCAUUGCCUUGGUGAACCUGAUGCAGGCUCACAGCCCUGGCCACCUGCCCGUCCGUCUCCAGAGUUGGGACUUCCUGCCUCGCUGGAUGCGAUCCCUCAGGCCCCUUGACAGGGUCAUCACCAAGGCAACUAGCUGCUGCAGCACUGGCCAUGCAACCGGAGACGACCAGGCGGCGCCCGUUAACGCGGUAACGACCCCUGUUGACCCCAAGGUUGCAUCCGCCCAGAGGAAGGCUGACCUGGCGUAUGAUAACCCCGUCCUUGAGUACCUGGAUGAGACGAAGCCAGGUGUACCUGUGUUUAAACUGAAGGGUCUGGAGAGGUGCAACAGCACACCCCUCUAAAGGAGAUGGGUCUUGGUCUGACAUGGGAAGGGUUGGUUUAAUAUUUUCUAUUUAAUCUCAGGAGUGCACUGCUCUGGGCCUCAAGGGCCAUAGAGUGUUCUGGUUCUUGGCUUAUAAUCUAUGAUUGAUUUCUGCCAGCUGUGCAGUCUCUCUAUAGCCAAUCAAUGACAUAUAUUGAUAAAUUAAGUGCCUGGGAGAUGUACUGUACAGUAUAAAGCCCAGAAGGAGAUCUUAUAGUCUUUGAGGACUGGAGUUGUUCACCCUCUUCUGUGAAUAUGUUUUAUUAUCAUAGUGAUCAAGACUGGAUCCAGUAGUCUAGAUUGAAGAUGACAGAGGUUAAGACAGCAGAUUCUAAUAUCCCAUAACUCUUUACAAAAAUGGGACCAGCUAUGCUAGUUAAUAUCGGUCCAGGUCCAUUGAAUGUGUUUAUUUUCGAACGCUGUCACAUGGAAUUAUUCUAUUGUUCUGACCAGUUUAUUUUCGACCUAGCAAGUAUCUAGUUCCCUAAGUGUGGUUGGGAUGGAUAAGCACUCGAAGACAUCACAAUGGAAUCAACGAGGGCUCACUUCACAGAUAAUCUAAACCAGAUGGGCGUACAUGAAAUGAAUGUGUACUGUGUGUCACCGUGUGGGUUAGAAUGUCCAUCGUAGGUGUGUUUUUAUAAGUCUGUGUAAAUGUGUCUGUUUGUGGGUUGGCUUAUGUGUUAGUCAUACACGCGUGUACCUACUCUAGCAAAUGUAGCUUCACAGAAGUCAGUUGAUUAUGCAGAAGAAGAUCAUGCUUCAAGCCCCUUGAUGAUGCUGUUCCCUGUAGGGAAGAAAUACUUUACUAGCACUUUGGGAACAGAAUGAAAUGUUCAGAUCAACAGUGUCUCUCUUUGCUCCAUGAACAAAACAGAGUGCAGAGUGUGCAAUGAUAUGAAACACUAAAAGGAACCUGUUUGUCAGACAAGGGGGGAAGAAAUAUUUAGAAGAAAUACAAAGAUACUAAUAAAGUGCUUGCUACUGUAUUAUACAGCUCUCUGUAUAUGCCAUUGAUCGUUUCCCUGACAAGUGUCUAUCUAAUGAUAUAGCAACAUUUCUAUAAAACAAUGAUAUCUUGUCAAACAAUAUGUGUACAUACAUUUGAUUGAUAUAAUGGUAACCGGGCCUUUCAAAUAAAAAAGCAAUCAUAAGCAACAAAAAUCAAGAGAA